GGCUUGUUAUAUGGAAGCAGCGUCUGGGGCAGAACAGCAUAGAGGCGGAGAGACAGAGAGGAAGAGCCGGGGAGUCUGUGGUGGAUACGGAAACACAUUCCUUGCGGGUCCCUACUGCCUCCUAACUGGGAUGGGAAGUUAAUGGUUGCGCAGCUCGCAGUGUUGAGGAGAAGAUUUCCAAGGUGGCGACAGACAAAGUUGCAGAGAAGUUGAGUUCUACUCUCUCAUGGGUAAAGAAUACGGUGUCCUAUACUGUCAGUCAAAUGGCAAGUCAGGUGGCGAGCCCAUCAGCCUCACUGCACACUACAUCCUCCUCGACUACUCUGUCCACUCCAGCACUUUCACCAUCUUCCCCAGUCGAUCUGAGUCCAGAUGAGGUUGUGCUGCUGGCGAAGUUAGAAGAACAAAACAGGCUUCUGGAGAUAGACACUAAAUCCUUACGCUCUGUUAAUGGAUCAAGAAGAAACAGCGGUUCGUCUUUGGUUUCAAGCUCUUCUGCCUCCAGCAAUCUCAGCCAUCAUCAGGAAGAAGAUGCAUGGUUGCUCUGGGGUCGGAUUGUUAAUGAUUGGGAGGAAGUAUACAAAAAAAAAGAAAAACCAAUCAAGGAACUGGUUAGAAAAGGAAUACCUCACCACUUCAGAGCAAUAGUGUGGCAACUACUAUGCAAUGCUCAGAAUAUGCCAAUCAAAGAUCAGUACUGCGAUCUUUUAAAGAUGACUUCGCCGUCUGAAAAACUUAUUAGAAGGGACAUUGCCAGGACUUAUCCAGAGCAUGACUUCUUUAAAGAAAAGGACAGCUUGGGACAAGAGGUUUUAUUUAAUGUUAUGAAGGCUUAUUCCUUGGUGGAUCGUGAAGUUGGCUACUGCCAAGGUAGUGCUUUUAUCGUUGGACUUCUUCUUAUGCAGAUGCCAGAAGAAGAAGCUUUUUGUGUUUUUGUUAAAUUAAUGCAAGACUAUCGCCUUCGGGAACUUUUUAAACCCAGCAUGGCAGAGCUAGGUCUGUGCAUGUAUCAGUUUGAGUGUAUGAUACAGGAACAGCUGCCAGACUUGUAUGUACACUUUCAAGCUCAAAGCUUUCACACAUCUAUGUAUGCGUCAUCUUGGUUCCUCACUAUUUUCCUUACCAAUUUCCCAUUACCCGUUGGUACAAGAAUAUUUGAUAUUUUUAUGUCUGAGGGGUUUGAGAUUGUAUUUCGGUCUGGACUCGCUGUUCUUCAGAUGAAUCAGACAGAGUUAAUGCAGUUAGAUAUGGAAGGCAUGUUACAGCACUUUCAAAAAGUAAUUCCACACCAGUUUGAUGGGGGACCUGACAAAUUAAUCCAAGCUGCUUAUCAAGUCAAAUAUAAUGCAAAAAAGAUGAAAAAAUUAGAAAAGGAGUACACUACAAUAAAAACAAAAGAGCUUGAAGAGCAAGUUGAAAUCAAGAGAUUACGCACAGAGAACAGGUUACUGAAGCAGCGAAUAGAAACACUGGAGAAAGAAAGUGCAUCCUUGGCAGAUAGAUUGAUCCAGGGACAAGUGACAAGGGCCCAGGAGGCAGAGGAAAACUACCUUAUAAAACGGGAGCUGGCCACCAUCAAACAGCAAAGUGAUGAGGCCAGUACUAAGCUGGAGCAGGCUCAUCAUACAAUCAACGAGCUCCAGCAUCAGCGACAAUUGCAUAAAUGUAACCCUCGGUACAGUGAGGAAUUUGUGCUCCAGCUGGAAAAGGAGUUGGUUCAUGCAAGGCUUAAAGAAGCAGAAUCUCAAUGUGCAAUGAAGGAUAUGCAAGACAAGAUCCUGGAAAUUAAGAAGAGGAACACUUCCCUACCUGAUGAAAACAACAUUGUGAGGCUCCAGGAGGAAUUGAUUGCUGUAAAGUUGCGGGAGGCCGAAGCAGUAAUGGCCCUUAAGGAGAUGAAGCAGCAAAUAAAGGAUUUGGAUGAGCACUGGCAGCGUCAUCUAGCACGCACUGCGGGCCGGUGGAAAGAUCCACCUAAGAAGAACACCGUAAAUGAGCUGCAGGAUGAGCUGAUGAAUGUCCGACUGAGAGAAGCAGAAAGGCACGCUGAGCUACGGGAAAUCAGGCAGAGAAUGCUGGAGAUGGAAACACAGAAUCAAAUAAAUAGCAACCAGCUUCGAAGAGCAGAACAAGAGGUCAGCAGCCUGCAGUCAAAGGUGCAGUACCUCACAGCCCAAAAUAAAGGUCUACAAGCUCAACUGAGUGAAGCAAAACGCAAACAAGCUGAGAUUGAGUGCAAGAACAAGGAGGAUGUGAUGGCUGUUCGGCUUCGAGAAGCAGACAGUAUUGCGGCCGUGGCUGAGCUUCAGCAACAUAUAGCAGAGCUCGAGAUACAGAAAGAAGAAGGGAAAAUACAAGGGCAACUGAAUAACUGCGACUCCAGCCAAUAUAUCAGAGAGUUAAAAGAUCAGAUUGCAGAGCUGAAACACGAGAUAAAAUGCCUAAACAGCCAGAAGGGCCUCCCAGACCAACCCACUUUUGACGGGAUCCAUAUUGUCAACCAUAUCAUUGGUGGUGGUGAUGAUGAGUCUUUCCAUUCCUCUGAUGAAGAAUACGCUGGAGGCAGGUUGCAGGAGGGCAAUGUUCAGUUUCAUCUGCACAGUAGACAUGACAAGAUGGCACUGGCCCCUUCAGGUUCAGACAGCAGUGACAGCGACACAGAGGUUCUUUCCAUAGUCACAGAUUCUAAUGGAAUGGUUCUAAAUCAAACUGGGAAAAGGACGGAAUCUUAUUCCACCACUGUUUGAUCUUCACUGUGGUCAUGUCUCCAUCAAGCCCCAUGGAUUCCAUUGUCAUCUCUACUAAUUCCUCUGUACAGAAUUCUUACAUGGCCUUUGAAAGUGGCUGAUCCAGCAUUUAUACAGAACUUUUAACUGCCUUCACAUUUUGCCAAAUCAUCCCAGUCUGCCAUACACAAGGCUGGACGUAUUUGUUGUUGCAGUAUUACCACAAUCGCUUUGUUUCUUCAAUGGACGUAGCUUUGCACAAAGUGAAAAGGAAGAAAGGAAUUGUGCAUUUGGUCACAUCCCUGGAUAUCUUGCAACUGUAACCAUCAAUUCUGUGCAAUAUAGAAGGCCUCUCUGAACAAAUGUCAUGGGUCUUAGGAUUUGUGAUGCUCAAUCAAGUCGGGUGCCUCUCAGGCAAAAACAGUGGGUUCAACAUUUAAUUAGAAUGUUUGUGUUUUUUUAGGGACCCCUUAACACUAAUCACUUAUUUGAGAACUUCCCAUAACACUCCAAUAAUAUAAGGGAUUGGUGCUCCUGCUAGUAAAAGCUAGAAAGUCUUGUAAUACCUGCCUAAAAAAAUUGGGUCAUGUGACCGUUAACACUGCUGUAUGCUGAUCAAUACGUGAAUAAGAAAGUUACUGCUAUUUUCUUGUUCAGAUGAAUGGAAAAGGGAACCUUACUGCUCACAUUUUUUUGAGUAAAGCUGAAGGGGCCUAAAAGAAUGAAAAACUAUUUAAGGAGACGUUCUGUGGUUGUUUCUAAGCUGUCGUGGACAUUAAUGCUGAAAGGUGAACUAAUAGGGCGAAUGGAGAUUUAGCAGUACAGGGAACACUCCAGGCAUCUGCUCAACCUAUAGUUGAUAAUAUUGACCAGUGUCAAUGAUUGAUUCAUCACAGCAAGUCUCCAAUCGAUUUAAAUGGCCUGUGCCAGAUUUACAGUGUCAGGAUCAUUUGAUAGGACAGGUCCAUUUGUGGGAGUGAUUUUAUGAUUGGGGCGGGGGCUUUGGAUCCUGCAUAAUGAUUGCUGGGGAACCCACUGUGUGCCCCCGUUGCCAGUUCAACCAUUUGGAAGGAUUUCCAGUCGGUACAUCUGCCCUGUAAGAUUAAACAUAAUAAGUCCCAGUGGGCCAGAUACAUUCUCCGAAUCAUUUUUAAAUCAUUAUUAUGGGUUUGUGUAAUGAAUAGCUGAUAACUGUGUCACACUAAAGCAGUGUCAGGCUGCAGAAUCCAAACAAAAGUUCUCAAACCCUCUCCCUAUUUUAAAGUGCACCUUUUGCUGGGAUUGUUUUUUAUUUGUUUUAUGUUUGAGUCCAAGUUACUAACUAAAAAGGUCAAUUCUUGUGUUGUGAUCUAUUUUGUACAUAAGUAUACAUAUCUCAUUUAGAAGGUGUACAUUACAAAUCGUCUUUUUUUUUUUUAUUGGAAUGUAAAUGUUAAUAUAUAAUUGUAGAAUUUGCAUCCUAACAGAAAAAGCAGUUGUGUGUGUUUUGUACAGCAUUAUGCACUCCUGUUCCCAGCAUGCACCUGCCUGUGUCACUGACACACUGGUGGGAGAACACCAGAGGGAGUGCUGAAAGAUGCCUGACCCUGGAGCAGAAAAUGGUUUCCAGCCAUAAAGCAAAACACUUAACUGUUUCCCUGUGAAAUACACUAAGGACCAGAUUUUCAUAACAAAUUCAUCACUUUAACAAAUGCUUGGGAGAAAUACUAUUGAUGAAAAGCUUUUAACAUUAUAUAUAUUAUAUAUAUGUAACAAAUAAAUCUUUUUCAUGAAUUAAA